AUGUUUAUGAAAGCUAUGUUAAAUGAACAAAUUGUCAUUACAGCGCGUAGCUCCGAGAAGUGUUGUGCUGCUACAGGGAGGAAUCCGAAAAGACUCGCUAUAAUACUGACGCAGAAGAUUUACCAUUUAGACAGGAAUCCUACUUCUUCUGGACUUUUGGUGUCCACGAAAGCGGUUUCUUUGGAACGGUCGACGUUGAAUCAGGGAAAUCCUGUCUUUUUCCUCCAACUCUCGAUCCCAGCUAUGCUAUAUGGGAUGGAAACUCAAAGCGUGGCCUUCUUCAGGAUCAACGAUGAGUCCUACUUCAAGGACAAGUACGAAGUCGACGAAGUUCAUUUCCAGAGUAAGAAUGUUAUAAGUGACUACAUCAGAGGACUAGGAGCAAAAAAAGUUCUGCUUUUGAGAGCGGAAAACAGCGACAGCGGUAAUGUUCUUGAGCCGCCAACAUUCGAUGGCAAAGAGUCGUACGUUUUUAAUUAUUUACUUUUUUUCUUUAACGCAGAAAGUUUAAUAGAGUUUGACUCGAACGAAAAGCUGUACCCAAUCAUGGCCGAAUUACGCGUCUACAAAACGGAUUCGGAGUUGGAGGUGAGCCUUUCGAAAGGGUCUUUCAUUUUCAAGUCUACUCUUUGCUGA